AUGUCUGGGCAGCAGAUUAAUUAUGAGAAGAGCUGUAUUUCAUUUAGCAAAAAUGUUCCGAGGUGGAAGCAAGAUGAGUUGGCCUCUCUGUUGGGUGUAAGAAGGGUGGACAAGCAUGAUAAAUACUUAGGGUUACCAACGGAACUCAGUUAUUCAAAGGAUGAGGCCUUCCGGUACCUUGUUGACAGGGUAAGGAAGAGGACUCAAGGCUGGAGAGACAAGACCCUAAGCACAGCAGGGAAGGAAGUUUUGAUCAAGGCAGUGGUGCAAUCUAUCCCAACGUAUGUGAUGAAUUGCUUUGAGUUACCUAAACAUUUGUGUCAUGAGAUGCAUCGACUAAUGGCUCGAUUUUGGUGGGGGGAAUUUGGUGAAGAGAGGAAGAUCCAUUGGGUGGCUUGGGAGAAGCUUUGUGCUUCAAAAAAAGAGGGAGGUUUAGGGUUUAGAGAUAUGCACUUGUUUAAUAUUGCUUUACUUGCCAAGCAGGGGUGGCGAUUAAUUUGCAGGCCAGAUUCUUUACUUGCACAAGUACUGAAGGCACGUUAUUUCCCCCAAACUGAUUUCAUGCAGGCGGAGUUACAUAAGGGUGCAUCGUUUACAUGGAGGAGUAUUUUAAAAGGGAGGGAUUUGUUGAGGAAAGGUUUGAGGUUUCAGGUGGGUAAUGGGGAGAAUAUUUCAGUUUGGAACGAUCCUUGGGUGCCUCUACCCUAUCGCUUCAGACCUUUCUCUCUCCCCAUGCAGGGGACGGAAGAGUUCAAAGUAGCAGAUUUUAUUGAUUCAGAGGCUGGGGCUUUCUGGCUGCAUGGUUUGUUGAAUUUACAACCUGGUAAGCACCCCACUACUCUUCUUGACAUUUGGUUUUGGGACAUGAUUGAAGCACUUGAUGGGGAGAAGCUUGAAUAUUUCUUGAUGGCCCUUUGGGUGGUUUGGAUGGAACGAAACAACAUGGUCUGGAAGGGUUCUUAUUUUAACAUCAUUAACAUGCAUGCAUGGGCUACUUCAUUCCUUGAUGACUACAAAAAUUUACACAAACGUCAAGGACAUAAGGCAAGGAGGACUCCAAUCAAGUGGAGUCGUCCACCACGGGGAAGGCUAAAAAUUAAUAUAGAUGGGAGUUUCUGUGCUGAUACAGGCUCCGGAGGUGUGGGUGUUGUGGUUAGAAAUUAUGAAGGGACGUGCAUGGCGACCUUUGCUCGAACGGUCCAAUAUGCACAGUCUGCAAUUCAUAUGGAAGCAGAAGCCCUUAGAGCAGGGUUGUUGAUUGCAAUUCACCAGGAUUGGAAAGAAAUUGAAGUUGAAAGUGAUUGUGUGAACUUAGUGAAUGCAUUACAUGUUGAUGGAGAUGAUUUGUCGGACAUCGGACGGAUCUUGGAUGAUUGUAGAAGCUACUGGUUCCAUUGA